AUGCGUGAUGGUAUGGUCGCGCUAGAAAACGGCGAAGACGUGUCGCCAGAAGAACAUGACGCGGGGCGUGAUGAAGCGAUCAUCCCAGAAGAACGCAACAUGCGGCGAGCUACACUCGGACCAGAUGAAUUUGGCGCAUACGUGAUUUUGAAUAGUGCAACGACGAGUUGCGCGGAUGGGUCUAGUGGCGUUGUGAAGGUGGCAACGAGCGGCGUCGCGUCACACGCCAGUUCACCAGCUCCAUCGGCUGCGUUGCAGGUGCCGGGCGAGAGUGCUUCGCUCGAUGACUCAGUGAGCACGUGUGCGAGCCAGGUUGCUGGCACUGCAGGCGGCAGCCCAGCGGCAACUGAAAGCAGCAGUAGCAGCAACACUUACGUGGCUGGUGUUGCCUUGCCGGAUAGCGCGUGCAGCCCAACAAACGGGCUGGAUGAGACUGGCCACUAUAUGCCUCAUGCACACAGGCCAGGGAACCAACCACCACGUGGUGGUGAUGGUCUACGAGACAAAGCAGGGAAGCAAAGCCCAGAAAAUUUGCAAGGCGCAGAAAAUUGUGCAGAAGGCAGUUCACCACCAUGUGGAGGACCGAACGAUGCCAAAAAAGGUGACGGGCAGCAGCGAUGGAGUCCAGUAAACAGCAGGCUUGGAAGCCAUGUAAAAGAAGCAAAAUCGCCAGCAACGGUAACUUUGGCAAGUUUAGAUUCUUCAAUAGCACACGAACGACGCGUGUUGGAUCUCUCUCCAGAAGCAGGGCUCCAGAUAAAUUUGGUGAAGAUGAAAAGUAAAGGGCAACGAAGUUUGCACAUCGAGGAACCGGAAAUUCUUGAAGAUGCAAAUAUGGAGGAGUGUUGGCGUCGUGCUAUGAAUGAAGAGUUGUGGUCGAUCCGAGACAACAAUACAUGGGAGCUCGCGGAUCUUCCCAACGGUCAGAAUGCCAUAGAGCUCAAGUGGGUGUACAAAGUCAAGAAAGAUGCCGAAAGAAACUUGAUGAAGCAUAAAGCAAGGCUUGUAGCUAAAGCAUGCGUGCAAGAGCAAGAUGUGGACUUCGAAGAAGUGUUCGCUCCAGUUGCAAGGAUGGACUCGGUGAGACUAUUUAUAGCUCUCGCGGCUCAAGAAUCUUGGAGGAUACAUCACUUGGAUGUGAACUCCGCGUUUUUGACCGGGGAGUUAGAAGAAGAAUUGUAUGUGAAGCAACCACCAGGGUACAUCCAAGAAGGAGAGGAACACAAGGUAUUGAAGCUACACAAGGCGUUGUACGGGCUACGACAAGCUCCUCAGGCAUGGAAUGUUGAGCUUGACCGUACAUUGAUUUCUCUUGGAUUUGAGAAAGCCCCACUAGAGCAUGCUAUGUACAAGCGAGGUGAUGGCAAUGAUCGUCUACUAGUGGGCAUCUAUGUGGAUGAUUUGCUGAUAACUGGAGCAGACGAAGAGGUGAUUGCAAACUUCAAACUACAAAUGAAGAAGCUAUUCAAGAUGACUGAUCUAGGGCUCUUGAGUUACUACCUCGGGAUCGAGGUACAGCAAAAGCCGGAGGGGAUCAUAAUAUGCCAGGAGGCAUAUGCAAAGAAGACUAAGCAAGAAGAGUGA